AUGGAAAAGGGAUACAGCACGGUCACCUUCGACGGGACGCCCAGCUACGGUCACACGCCCUCGCACCACGCGGCUCAGUUCCCCAAUCACUCCUUCAAGCACGAGGACCCCAUGGGCCAGCAGGGCUCGCUGGGUGAACAGCAGUACUCCGUGCCGCCCCCAGUCUACGGCUGCCACACGCCCACCGACAGCUGCACAGGCAGCCAGGCCCUGCUGCUGAGGACGCCCUACAGCAGUGACAAUUUAUACCAGAUGACCUCCCAACUUGAAUGCAUGACCUGGAAUCAGAUGAACCUAGGAGCUACAUUAAAGGGAGUUGCUGCUGGGAGCUCCAGCUCAGUGAAAUGGACAGAAGGGCAGAGCAACCACGGCACGGGGUACGAUAGUGAUAACCAUACCACUCCCAUCCUCUGUGGUGCCCAGUACAGGAUACACACCCACGGCGUCUUCAGGGGUAUUCAGGACGUGCGGCGAGUGCCCGGAGUAGCCCCGACUCUUGUUCGGUCGGCAUCUGAGACCAGUGAGAAACGCCCCUUCAUGUGUGCUUACCCGGGCUGCAAUAAGAGAUAUUUUAAGCUGUCUCACUUACAGAUGCACAGCCGGAAGCACACUGGUGAGAAGCCAUACCAGUGUGACUUCAAGGACUGUGAGCGAAGGUUUUCUCGUUCAGACCAGCUCAAAAGACACCAAAGGAGACACACAGGUGUGAAACCAUUCCAGUGUAAAACUUGUCAGCGAAAGUUCUCCCGGUCUGACCAUCUGAAGACCCACACCAGGACUCAUACAGGUGAAAAGCCCUUCAGCUGUCGGUGGUCCAGUUGUCAGAAAAAGUUUGCCCGGUCAGACGAAUUAGUCCGCCAUCACAACAUGCACCAGAGAAACAUGAGCAAACUCCAGCUGGCGCUUUGA